CACUCACUCACUCACUCACUCACUCAACGCAUUACGGUUGACGCGGGCUAAUACAAAUUAGGCUUCACUGGCCGACAAACUGCUCCACGCACACAAAUAAUACAACCCACAGGCUUUUCAGGGAAUUCAACAAAUCUAUGCAUAGCUGUAACGAGCCAUGGGGAGGCAAACACGAACUUCCGGCAAUUACUGCACCCUUCCUCCGACCUGGAACCCUUAGCGUUUCAUGUUACGUGCAGUUACUCAAGAACACGUCGAACAGAACGCUGUUCUAGAAUAGAACGCGCGGAACGGGUUCUACUAGCUUUAUUUUACAAACCCGUUAAAAACGCUCGCUGUCUACACAACAUGCACGAGAAGUGGUUGUGGUUUGAUAUAGUUCCUGAUGUUCAGACAAGUGACGAGGUCUCCGAUGUUCCAGUCACAGGGUAAAUCCUCCAGGUCUGCCGCUCAACAUAACAUCCCCGUGGCUCCACUAGCUGCGCCGCUUACUUCAGAUUCUGCUAUACCGAUGCGAGCCUUACAUCCUCAGCCGGCUGUAUAUUCUCCUGACUCAAAAUCAACCAUGAACAAAGAAGUACAGGUGGAUUUACUGUCAUCUUGGACGUCCAACGGUACCUCUGACGAUACCGAAGGGGGCGGGGCGCGACGAGAGCAGCGGUCCCUGCCGAGAAGUUUUGCCUGGGAUUUGAACCGAGGUGAAGGCACGCCCCACAGACGAGGGAAGGCGGCGGCAGUGGAUAUCUACAGCUCUGAGACUGGCAAUGAUGACGUGGGCCCGCAUCCUGUCAGGGACAUGUGGAUCUUGGACCAAAUGGAGGACCACAGGCGCCCCGCAUUGGUGCACAAUCCACGGGCUAGGAUGGGCACAUGUCGCCUUCUGUGGCACAACGUCUCGACAUGGUGUCGUCACAUCAAGUCGAAGGGGGUAGAGAUUCCUGUUUUCCUGCCACAGAUAAAGAAGGUGAAGGCGAGGUUCGGUUCUGGUGUGGUGUCCGUUUUCAUCUUCAUCAGGUGGAUAUUCCUGCUCAACCUGUUCCUGUCCGCUAUGUGGUGCUGUUUUGUUGUCAUCCCGAUGGCCUCUGUGUUCGACUCUGCUUCCAUCACUUCCGACUUCACGGUAGACAGUUUGUUUACAGCCAAAGCCGCCAUGUCAGAAAUCCUGAUAUUCUAUGGGAACUACGGGACUUCCACAGACCCAUACCCCCUGGAUCUUGCCUAUCUCCUCAUGAUUUUCCUCAGCUACUUCGGUUCGCUGUUUCUCGUGCUUCGCGCCAUCGCGGCCACUUCUGGACACGGUCUGCUCCACGACUCUCACUGUGCGUUCAGUCGUCUUCUCAUGACGUCAUGGGAAUAUUCGCUGACGUCACCUGAGGCCGUGGACAAUUUACACCAGACAAUAGCCGGGUCCUUCCGCGACCUUCUCACAGACACAAAAAAUAAGGAACAGACUGUAAAUCGUACACGCAAGGACAAACUCAAGAUUUGUAUCCGACGAUUCUUCGCCUGGCUUCUAACGUUGGUCCUCAUUGGAGGUGGGUCGGCCAUGAUUUUAGCCCCCAUCUUGUACAAGGAGAAGACACUAGACGUUUUGGCCGCACACAUGCCGGCUUCUCUGCAGAGUUUUGUCCAAACAUUUGGUAUAACGAUUGUCUUCAUGGUCGUCAACUCUCUGGUGCCCGUUCUGGUUCUGUUUUUACCACGCUUUGAACACUACUCCAGCCGCAAAACCGAACUCUACGUCACCAUCGGAAGGGUCUUCGUGUUGAGACUGACCAAUAUCGUGGUUCUACUCUUUUCACUCUACACCGAGGUGAUCCAGUCUGACGAGGUGAGUACGACAUGCCCGGGCACGGUGAUUGGUCAGGAGCUGUACAAGCUGGUGCUGCUGGGCACGCUGGGAAACUCGCUCGUGUCGCUGCUGCACUACAUGGUGCUGUUCUACUGGACAGGGCGGAGACAGGAACUACGCGUGCACAAGGUCGUCCUCUCCGUAACGCACAGACAAGCACUGAUCCUGGUGGGAACUUUGGCGUGCCCGGUACUACCUCUGCUCGGUGUCAUGUCGAACGUACUGAGCUUCUUCACCCUGUACUUCGUCGUCAUCAAGACCUGCAGGCCUCCUGUGCGCCGCUGGAGGGAGUCUGGCAACAGUCAGUUCUACAUGUGGCUGCUGGCGGCGGCCCUCGUUGUUCUCUGUCUCCCAGUGUCCUUUCUCGUCUCCGAUGGGAACUACAUCAACCUUGCCGGGAGGAAGCACUGCGGCCCGUUCGGCACGGAACCACCCAUCGGCGCCUUCCAUCGCCUCCGGGACGAGGUGCUCGGCGGUACCUGGCUGCAGGCUGCGCUGGCGGUGGUGUUCUCUGGGAUCAUAGCCCUUCCUCUCAUACUUAUCAUGGCCGCCGUGAUCUCGUACUAUCGGGUCCGACUCACCCGAGAGACUUCCAGGGGCAAGCUCGCCCUGACUGAGCUAGACAAGGAGAGAGCCGCAAACAGACAUCUCGUCAGUAGGUUUCGGGAGAGAUGAUGAGGCCUCGGUUCUCCCAUGCACAGAAGUCCUUCCUGAAUGCGAACAAAACUGCCUUACGUUAUUAGUGAAAUUUGCAUACGAUCCUUACGAGUUAGUGACUUGGAUAUGUUCAACUUCUUUCCAGUUAGAUGUACUAGUAUGUAUUUGUUCUGUCAGUUCAUUCUAUUAACGCUGAAGUAGAGUGAAUGAUAUGUCACUCAGAAAACAAAAUCCGUUAAAUCUUAUCCAGAUGUAGAGAUUGAAUUGUCUUUGAACAUUGUUUACAUUCAUAAACGAACAAAUCUG